AUGGCGGAGGCUGGGCCGUCAUCUGCUCAGCCUGUGUCUCCAGCUGCCACACCGCCCUCGUCUUCCCCUUCUCCACAGCGAGCUGCACGAAUCCAUUUCCCUGCUGAACGUCCUGCAAACGGCGCGGACAAUAGCUCCUACGGAAGCUUUCAGUCCCUUGGCCUUGGGCCACCUCCUGUCCUCCGGAAGUCAACCAACCAAGGCGGGUCGCUCUCGUCCCAGCAGGAUGACAAGAGGCGGCGGGUCAAGUCUGUCGAUGCCUCCAAUGGCUUUGACCAAUCCCCUUCGCGCGAGGUCUACGCGGGACCAUCUUCUAGGAGGGCCGUCAGCUUCAGCAGGAGAGCGGAGCAGCGGGGGGAGCUGAUGAACAGGGGUGUCUCGACUGGCAUAACGGACAACUUCUCCGACGAAUUCGACCUAUAUCCAGGCGUAUUGGAGGAUGUACAGCGAGCUUUACGUAUGAAGGCUCGUCGUGAAGCACGUCUUAGGACGCAGACGACUCCUUUACGCGUGGAGACUCACACCGACUCGGCAUCACUGUCCUCAGUCUCUGCGGGCUCUUUGCCUGGCCAGCCUAUUAGCGGACCCCUUCACUUUCAGCGCCAGCCUUGCCAUUCCGGUGAAUCCGAGAUUGACUUCAGUCCAUCUGUCGGUGUCAUGCCCCUCCAUCCCAUCCCGUCAUCUUCUGACGGUGGAGCCACGCUCGAUUGGACCACGCCUUCGUUAGAAGAUGGGAGAGAGCGGCGUUGGUCGCUCUCCAGGGGCAAACGAAAGUCGAAAGAGCAGGCGUCCUUCUCUACAAACAAAGCUGCCGCUGAGAAACAGGAAGCGUUGUAUGCCAGCAAAUUGGAGCAGAUUCGGGCGACGGUUCAGCCUCAGACACAUCGAAAGGCCGAGAUGGUGCGCGACCAGCUCGCUCGCAAGUACGCGCUGUUGGCGCCGAAAGGCAAAGCGAGCCCUGUGAACAUAUUGGAGGUGGCUCGCUGGUACGGGAAGCAGGACUCCAAAAUGCGUACGAGCCUCGACCAGAGAGAGCGUGUCACCUGGAUGAAGCAUAUCUGGGAGAAACAUGCGCCUCCUCCCGGCGGCCAUUCGAUGUGGAGUCCCACUGCCCUCGUCAUGGAGGAAUAUGUGAGGUCGCGCGCGAGUCCUCAUAUCAUGGACACUAUCCCGGAGAAUGGAGUGAUGCUGCCGCCCUCGCCCCCCUCCUUCGUGGAUACGCGCUCUCCUGCCUCCAGCACUUAUUCCUGGAACACUCCUCGUCACUCUCUGGAGGCUGCUAUCAGUCGCAAACGGUCCUCAUACGAUGCACAGGUGUCCUUCGGACCGCACGUCGAUCACAGUGGAGGAUCUAUGGAGCUCGAUUCUCGGCGGAGCAGCGACAACUACAAGAGCUCGAGGCAUGAAGGCGGAGAUUCGGCCCAUAGCUCCUUGUACAGCAUCAUCUCCAGAGGCGCCUCCCCGAACAGCAGUCGCAAGCGAUUGCGAGAUAUUGGUAGACGGCUAACCCCGCGUGCCAGCGAUGAGGCACUUUCAUCCGCCCGCAACUCGAUUUCGGAGACCAGCGGUCAUAGCGCAUCAGAGGAUGGGGCUCACUUCGGGCAUCGGAAGAUGGCCACGAUACGACCGCAUAGCCGGUCAGCUAGUCUUCAUAUCCAGGCUCCACCAGCCUCUGUCUCCAGCCCGACUCUUUGGGCGAACGGCACGACACGUACAGAUACUUCAGAUGUGCCUACGACCGCGACCCAAAGUAGCACUGUCUUUCCUACCCCCGCAGAGACACCACGACCUGAGGCUACACCAGUCCCUUUCAGGGCGCCGGCAACGUUGCCACGCCGUGGACGUAGGAGGUCGCUUCCUUCGUCGAGCGACAUAUUUGCGCGGGAACGGGAGAGACAUGGGCGUUUGGCGGAUGAGCAGAAGGAGCGUGAAGAGUACGAAGUCAAAGCGCAGGUCUUGGAAGAUACCCUCUCCCAGAACUAUCGUAUGCGCCACCUCUUGCAACGUGUAUGUACGAGCGUCCGGGAGUACGACUCUGUGCAGGCUGGCUUGUCCGCCAUCCUCGGGAUGCCGUAUUUCAAGAUACCUCCCGAUGUCCUCGACGCCUUCCUCCACGAUCCCUCUGCGGUCACGGGCAAAACGCGGCGAGCGCUGAGUUGGCGGGCCGUGGAGGAUAUUCACGAGCGCAUCAUGAAACAACAGCAAACUCUCCAGGCUUACCUUCACUCUCAAUUGCUUGACGGCGACUCUAUUACGUUUCCGCAUAAGAUAUUCGACGAGCCGCUCUCAAAUCUGAUGCAGAUUUUAGACAAGCUUGCUUGUCAACGUGAAGACCUCGCACGUAAGGCCGAGGAAGUUUCUGUCGUCCUGAAGCAAGUCAAGAGCGUCCAGGCUGGCGUCAAGAAGGAUUACAACGAAGCGUUGGCCCAUACGUCGUUGGUAUACCCAGAGCUUUCACAAAUUGCCGCCUUGGAAGAAAACUACAGAAAUCAGUAUCAAAAGUUCUGGGACAUUGGGCUGGACGCCCUCACACUUCUGUUAGAUACCGUAACCCCCUUCUGGCGGAACUACGGGAAGGUCAUCGGCGAGGACGUACAAGAAUUCCUCAUCAUUCCCUGGUACCGCAACGAAUUUACCGGGGAGGCCAAGCGAUACCCCAUCAAGCAAUUUCCUCGCCGCUCGCUCCGCCAUUGGGUGGGUCUCCUCUUCCUGUCUUUCCUCAGCUUCGCCGUCGCCAUCCUCCAAACGCGCGCUGCCUGGUCUUUGUCAGCCCACAUCAACCUGCCGUGGAUACGCAACACGGGUUUACGGUGGACUUUCAUCCCUAUCUAUGUAAUCCUUCUCAUCAUUCAGUGGUGCGCGGUGCUAGUAGAACUUUGCAUCCUGGCGGCGCAGGCGGGUAUCAUCAUUUGGUGGAUUGGUUGGUUCAUUAAGCUGGUUUCGUAG